GUCUUCUCCUCCAUGUCUCGAUUAUACGACACGAUUGUCAUCGGCGCAGGAUGGUCUGGAAUUGUCGCAGCACGCGAUCUGUCGAAGGCGGGGCAUUCCGUCCUCAUCCUGGAGGCUAGGGACCGCAUCGGUGGUAGAGCGAGGACGUACACCGACGGCAUGCAUGUCCCUGUCGAUCUAGGGUGUAGCUUCGUCCAUGGUUACAAAGAAGGUAAUCCGGCGAGAGACAUCGCGAAAGAGUUCGGCGUAAAAACCAACGUAUGUCAACUCACCGAGCGGCAGGUGUGGCGGUCAAGUAAGCCGGAACCGCCUUCCGUCGAACACAAGCUGGUGGCGAAUCUCGGCGCAGCCCGAUCGUCCGCUCAGGCCCUUGCUCAAAGCGCCAGCCCACCUCCUUCACCGUUGACACCGCUCUCGGAGGCGUUGUUCAGCCAGCAAUCGCCCCUUUUCGCCGAUAUUCAGGAUAAGGAGCUCGCGGUCUCGUUCGCUCGUUCGCUCGAGGUGCCGCUCGGGGUUGUCCUGGAAAAGGCGAGUUUACGAUGGGACGGGUGGGAGAACAACUUUGCGGGUUCCGAUGCUGCACCCGAAGGGGGAUUCCAGCGGUUCUUGGAGAAGAUAGUGGACGAGAGCAAGAAGGACGGGGUCGAAGUAAGGUUGGGAGAGGCGGUGAAGAAGGUCGAGAAGAGCCAAGAAGGCGUCAAGAUAUUGACGGCGAAAGACGGCGAGUAUACUGCCAAGACCGUGAUCUGCACGAUUCCUCUUGGGGUGUUGAAGACGAAUGCAAAGACACUCUUUGAGCCACCACUGCCCACGCGCCGAUUGGAGACCAUCGCAGGAACGCACGUAGGAGUCCUCGAGAAGCUCGUCCUCGCAUACCCUUCCGCUUGGUGGCCGGACGCAGCGAAGGCGAGCCCGUACAUCCACUUACCGUCAGAGACGCGCCAAAGCGAAGCAAAGGACGCAAAGAGCGUGUUCCGCCAGAACACCUUCAUCCUCGCAUCGUUUGCUGCCCCGGUGUUGCCCCAGCAGCAUCCCACAGUCCUCUUCUACAUCUCCGAGACUCCUGCGUUAGCACUAGAGAAGUUCUCCGCCGAGGAAGUCGCUACGGCCGGGCACGAGUUCCUAGUCGAGCGCUUCGCCGUUGGGUCUGCGCCGAAACCUACCGGUCACGUCCUGACUAACUGGAGGACUGAUCCGUUGGCCCUGGGAGCGACUACGACGCCUUCUAUUGUAGGAGAGGGGCGGAGUCCGCUGGAUUUCGUGGAGUUGGGUAAGCCUUUGUGGGGAGGCAGUUUGGGCUUUGCCGGAGAGCAUACCGACGCGAACCAUAGAGGAAGUGUCGCGGGUGCCGUCGUCAGCGGUGCGCGCGAGGCUGAGAGGGUCGCGAAAUACCUGAACAAGUUGAAGGAGACAUAAGACAGGAUCCACAGUAACAUCAGAGAAUAGCUACGGCAAUAAUUUCACAACAUGUAAAACAUCGAUAUAUCCUCCCUGGAUGCUUACGAUAGAGCUGUACAUUUGCUGUACAUGUAUGUAUUUUUAUGCUGUC